CAAAGCUAAAUGAGCCGCUACCUUUGUUCUCCACACAACACCAUCACUUCGCUCGGGCCAGUGACAACUCACAAAUGACUGCGAGCAACGUAGAGAGCAUCGCCGCUGAGCUGCGCCGGCAGGCUACCGAGAACCCUCCAAAGCACCCGAUCGACAUCGAUUACAACUCCAUCACAGGAGUGGCGCACAGCUACAACGAACGAUGCCCUGAUCCGAGACUUAGAUUUGUGAUGCAGAGCCUUGUCAAGCAUCUGCACGACUUUGCCCGGCAUGUUGAUCUCACGACCGACGAGUGGAUGAGGGCGAUCCAAUUCCUUACUCAGACCGGUCAAACGUGCAAUGAUGUUCGUCAGGAGUUCAUUCUUCUUUCUGACGUACUCGGGCUUUCCACUCUAGUGGACUCAUUGAAUCACCCGAAACCAAAGGGAGCGACAGAAUCGACGGUGCUGGGCCCCUUUUUCACUACCGACGCCCCCGAUGUUGUCGACGGCGGAAGUAUUGUGUCUGAAGCAAAAGCUGAAGAAGGCGAGCUUCUUCUGGUCAGAGGAAAGGUUCUCGAUCUCGACGGAAACGCAGUGGCCAACGCCACAAUUGAGACUUGGGAGACAGACGCGACCGGUCACUACGACACCCAAUACGAUGACCGAACGGUAGCUGACUGUCGUGGUCGCAUAACCUCUCAAUCGGAUGGGAGCUUCCAGUACGGUGCUAUCCUGCCCGUGUCGUACCCCAUUCCCGGUGACGGGCCCGUAGGGUCGCUGCUGCUUCGGCUGGGACGCCACGUCUACAGGCCCUCGCAUCUUCAUCUCUGGGUCCAAGCCGACGGAUUCGAUCCUCUAAUCACGGCACUCUAUCCUCGUGAAGACAAGUUUCUGCAAAGCGACACUGUGUUCGGGGUAAAGAGCUCUCUCGUUGUCGACCCAGUGCUCGUAGACGAUCCAAGUGAAGCUCGCAAGCACGGCUUCAAGAGGAAUUCCUUCUGGCUCAUCGAGUACGACCUCAUUCUCUGCACUCUUGCGCAGGCAAAGGAAGAGCGCGAGCAAGUCAAACGUGUUCCGACUUCUCAGCAUAACCUUUAGCAGCACAAGAGGCCCUAAAGGCCGAACCCCAUACAUCAUCAGAGCAACUUUUUCCCAUAAAUGCAAUGUUG